AGACCAUCGGCAGUACCACGCCCACGAGCAUGAUCAGGAAACCGGUCACGUACGCGCCCGAUGCGUACGACACCGACACCUCGACUUCGUCCAUCUUCGAUAUCGUCACUGAUUGGCGAAAAACGCACAUUUUUUAAUCUUCUCAUUUCAUCCAAUCAUGUAUUUUUAUUUACCAGAUCGCACUUGGUGGUCAAAUAUUGAUUUUGAGCAGCGAUGGUGCUGGUCCGGUGGAUGGUGCGCUCGCUGCAACGAGGUUCUCCUCGCCUCUUCUCGUCUACAGCUGCUGUAGAGGCGAAGGCUAAGGGCCCGCCCUUCGCGCGCUACUUCUGGUAUACGACAGGUAUCAUGCUGGGCAUCCCUGGAGCAAUCGGAGGCGUGUUCGUGUACAAUCUCCAGACUGACGACGAAUUCUACAACCACUUUAACGAUCGGUACCCGGAUCUCAUCGAUGCGAUCAACGAGUACAUACCACUAAACGAGUCACUACUGGAACUGGCCAAACGCGAGGACAUUGGCCCCAUCGGAUCAACAGAAGACCUCAUUAACGAGACGGUGACGGUGGUAGCGGAGCUGCAGUCAGGUCAGAAGGUGAAAUUUGAGGUGUUGGGCUCAGCCAGUCAGGAGGAGAUCGAGACACUUGCGCUUAAGCAGUCAACCAAGCCUGAGAAUGACCGUGUGGUGAACGUCACGUUUGCGGAGGAAGGAGAGGACGAGGAGGACAGCAAGACUGUGGCACCUACCGCUCAGGAGGCCUGGCCACCUGCUCCUCGUGUCACGUGGGGCAGCGCUGCAGCCGCGCAGAAGAGCAAGAAGCCUGUGGACUCGGUCAAGGAGCUCCGUCAGCAGAUCGACGAGAUCCGUGCGCAACAAGCGGCGCUUGAGGAGUCUAAAUACGCCGGACGUGACAUCGAUGAAGUGGACGAGGAAAUUGCAGCGUUGGAGGCGCGUAAGAUCGAGCUUAAGGAGCAACUUCCACGCAAGCGCUUCUUGUGGAUCUUCUAGACUCGAUAUGGAGAUAACAAGUUGUAUCUUGAUUGACUGUCAA